AUGACUCAAGCUCCGCCAAAGAGAAUCUUGUUUUUCCACGGCUACACCCAAAACGCAGCCUUGUUCCGCGCCAAGACCUCAGCCCUCCGCAAAAAGCUCCAAAAAUUUGGCUUCAAUUGCAUCUACCUCAACGCACCCUACGUGUUAUCACCAGCUGAUCUCCCCACGACGGACUCCCUCUCCAAAUUCGGCUCCGCUACAUCGGGAGAGGAGAGUCCCGUGACGUAUAGAGGGUGGUGGAUCAAGCCGAAUAAGAGCAACGACUGCAUCGAUCUUGAUUUGUCGAUCGCGGCCGUGCGCGAUUAUGUCCAAUCUGGGGAGAUCAUCGCUGACGACGAGAAGGAGGAGAAGAGCGAGAGCAAGAGCAAGGGCAAGAGUCAGGAGGGUUCCGAGGAUGGCGACGUGGUUGGUCUAAUUGGGUUUUCUCAAGGGGCAUCAUUCGCGGGACUCAUAGCUGAGAAAUUCAAUGAGUUGUUCGGCGCACGAGGCCAUCACGUGAAGUUCGUUGUGUGCUACUCCGGUUUCAAAUUGGACACUUCUCCAAGAUCCGGCAAUGAGAAAUACCAAGGGUAUUAUCGUGGUGGUGGUGAUGGGCGUUUGAGGUAUUUGCAUGUGUAUGGCGAGUUAGAUACCGUGGUUGAUGAAACUCGGAGUUUGACUUUGUAUCAGGCAAAGCAACUGGUGAGUGAUGUAUUGAAGCAUCCCGGGGGUCAUUUUGUGCCCAACUCUAAACUUUACGUUGAUCAGGUUUGCGGAUGGGUUCUGAAUGUCAUGAAUGGGGAGGAGCCAGAAAAGCUGGAGAAGCAGGGGAACGACAACGACAACAAGAAGAGUAAAGACGACGACAUUGAUGAAUUGUUGGCUAUGAUGGAUGGGUUCGGCAAAGCUUAA